GGGGGCGGCGGCGUGGGGAGGGGGUGGGGGCAGGACCACGUCCCUCUCCGCGGGCGCGCGAGUGUGUGUGUGUGCGUGUGUGUGCAACCGCCGACCUUGCAGAGGGGAUGGCUGCGCGUGCGGGAGACACUUGCCACUUCUGGGCGCCCUCGCGGCCCGAGCUGCGGUCCUGCGAGCAGAGCAGCACAUGGAUUAAUUGAUGGACCUUGGGUUUAUGGAGCUACCUUUUCAUGACCUGCUUUUCCUACAGUUUCUAAGAAGAAAAGGGGGCCUCUGAAUCAAAGAAGAUGCCUCGAACCAAACAGAUUCAUCCCAGAAAUCUAAGAGACAAAAUUGAAGAAGCACAAAAAGAACUAAAUGGGGCAGAAGUGUCAAAAAAAGAACUCUUAGAGGCCGGCAUCAAAGGAACUUCCGAAUCGCUUAAAGGUGUGAAACGGAAAAAGAUUGUAGCAGAGAAUCACCUGAAAAAAAUACCAAAAUCCCCUCUGAGAAAUCCUCUUCAGGCCAAACACAGACAAAAUACCGAAGAGUCCCCUUUCCCCCUGCUCGCGGGUGCAGCUGAGCCCCACAAGAAGCAGAGCCACAGCCCGGCAAAGGCCGGGGGGAGGCCGCUGACCAAACACAACGGAGAGACCCCAGGGCUGACCACCGGGGCCCCCAAGCCCGAAGCCCCCGUCUGCCCCCGCAAGCCCCCACUUCUGCUGCAGCCGUCGGAGCCGCGCCGAUGGCGGUCGGAGGGCCCCGACCCCGCCAAGGCCGGCAUCCCCGAGGGAAAGAGUGACCCCGGGUCCCCGCCCAGCAAGGGCAAAGCUGAGCGCCGUGAGGCUCCGGCCUCCGGCCACAGCUCCCCACCCUCCUCGUUUGCAAACACCGCCUUCGAUGUCUUGCUGAAGGCCAUGGAGCCAGAGCUGAGCACCCUGUCGCAGAAGGGCUCACCCUGUGCUGCGAAGAUCGAAAACCUGAGACCAAAUAAAACUGCACGCACCCCUGCUCACCUGCACGGCGGCCCGCGGGAGGCCCCUGACCCGCGCCCUCCGGACGCGGCUGCCCCCUCGGAGCAGCCGCCACCACCUCGGACCUCGUACCCCUCCGGGCCCGUGUCCGCCACUCAGAGGAGGGACCCAACGGCAGUCCCGGCCUCCUCUCCCGCGUAUCACAUACACGAACUCCCUGUGCCUAAACCCGGCCCACAAAGUCAGCAGCUUCCUGCGUGUUCGGGUUUCGCCCCAUCCCUCGCGAGCCUGCGGGGCCAGGAGAACGCCCAGCUUGAACACGUCUACACCGCCGUGGCCACGUCACCCCCUGGCCGCACUCAGGUCACCCCUUCCAACCAGCAAGUGGACGCUGCUGCCUCGGUGCCGGUGAGCCCCACGCCUUCCACACAGUCACCCCCCAUGCCCAUCUACAACUCGAGCCCUGUCGCCGCUGUGGUUAACCACAGCGUGGAGCAAAUGUGCAGUCUUCUCCUGAAAGAUCAGAAGCCAAAAAAGCAAGGAAAAUACAUCUGUGAGUAUUGCAACCGAGCCUGUGCAAAGCCCAGCGUGCUUCUAAAGCACAUCCGCUCCCACACUGGGGAGCGCCCCUACCCCUGCGUGACCUGCGGGUUUUCAUUUAAGACUAAAAGCAACCUGUACAAGCACAAAAAGUCCCACGCACACACUAUCAAACUGGGCCUCGUCCUGCAGCCAGAUGCUGGCGGCUUGUUCAUGUCACACGAGUCCCCCAAAGCACUUAGCCUCCAUUCGGAUGUGGAAGACAGCGGAGACAGUGAAGAGGACGCCGCUGGCGAUGAAAGGCCGAACGACCCGGGCUCCGUGGACCUGCAGCCGGCGCAGAUGAUAAGAAUGCUGUCCAGCUCGGAAGCUUUACCAAAAUCAGGUUCCAUUCCAAGCAAUCCUGAGCGCGUGGUCGGUGACUUUGCACUGCAGGAUGGGUCUUCAGAAUCACAGGCUGUGGCAGAGUUACCAAAGGUUGUGGUCCACCCCAUCAGCGUGUCCCCUUUAAGAGUUGACAGCCCAAAGGUUACGGAUUCCAAGCCUGAGCUCCCUGGUACACAGAAGGACCUUCAGGGAACACGGGUCCUGUCCCACCCGGCCUGGGCGUCCUCCCUGGAGGCAGAUGAGAAGACCCAUCAGAAAGGCGACCCAAGUCAGCCCGACGGAAAGCCAGAGUCCCCUGUGGGCGCAGCGCAUGCCCAGCUGCAGAGGCAGCAGGCCACCGAUUACUGCCAAGAGCAGCAAGGAAAACUGCUGAGUCCUCGCAGCCUGGGAAGUACGGAUUCGGGGUACUUUUCCCGAUCUGAAAGCGCCGACCAAACCGUGAGUCCACCCACCCCCUUUGCCAGGACGCUACCCACCCCAGAGCAGGACUCUGCGAAGAACAGCGGGCCCUCAACCCCUCGGGUCAGCACACCAGCAGCCUCUGCUGUUCCAGCAGGUGAAAAAGCACCCCUCCUCCCAGGUCAGAUGCGCCCCCCGCUGGCUACGAAAACGCUCGAGGAGCGGAUCUCGAAGCUCAUCUCCGACAACGAAGCCCUGGUGGAUGACAAGCAGCUGGACAGCGUGAAGCCCCGGAGGACCUCCCUCUCCCGCCGGGGAAGCAUUGAUUCCCCCAAGUCAUACAUCUUUAAGGACUCUUUCCAGUUUGAUUUGAAACCAAUGGGACGGAGAACAAGUUCAAGCUCUGAUAUACCAAAGUCCCCUUUCACCCCCACAGAGAAAUCAAAGCAAGUGUUUCUUCUAUCUGUACCUUCCCUCGACUGCCUGCCCAUCACCAGGAGUAAUUCCAUGCCCACCACUGGGUACUCCGCAGUACCUGCCAGCAUCAUCCCUGCCCCGCAUCCACUGAGAGGAAGUCAGUCUUUUGAUGACAAAAUUGGCGCUUUCUAUGAUGAUGUCUUUGUACCAGGACCUAACCCUUCUAUGGCCCAGAGUGGACAUCCCCGCACCCUGGUGAGACAAGCAGCGGUGGAAGACUCCUCAGCAAGCGAAAACCAUGUUCUCGGGGCCGGACAGCCCUGGGAAGAGAGCCAUCCCGGAGGCAGCCCCGCCGGGGAGACCGCAGCCCUGAGGAGCAAGCCCCCGGCCCCGGGCUCACACUUGGAAAAGAAGAAGUCUCACCAAGGGCGAGGGACCAUGUUUGAGUGUGAGACCUGUAGAAACAGGUAUCGGAAACUGGAAAAUUUUGAAAACCAUAAGAAAUUUUACUGUUCAGAGUUGCAUGGACCAAAAACCAAGGUCGCUGUGCGGGACCCCGAGCACGGCCCAGUGCCCAGCGGGGCACAGCACUACAGGGUCGCCGGUGCCACCGGGGUCUGGGAACAGACGACCCAGAUGCGGAAAAGGCGGAAAAUGAAAAGCGUCGGAGAUGACGACGAACUUCAACAGAACGAGAGUGGAGCACCUCUGAAAAGCUCCGAGGGCUCCCAGUCUCAGAGCGUGCUGGGCCCGGCUCCCAGCCUGUCUCAGCAGAACCUUGCCGUACCCAGCGAGCUGCAGCCUCGAAACCUUCAGCGGCAGACCACACAGAUUCAGCUUGGGACCAGAGGCCCCGACCAGCCCCGGGACCCAAAGCCAUCGUCUGUCCUGGAAGAGCCGAUGAAUUCGGCUGCCCAGGACAGGGUGGAGCCCAAAAGACACGGGGCCGGCAUCUCGGUCAUCCAGCACACAAACUCGCUCAGCAGGCCCGGGGCCUUUGACAAGCUGGAUGCUGGCGAAGGCGCGUCCCCCGUGCCUUUCCAGGAGCUGAGAACGGGCAAGCCGGGGUCUCUGAGCGUCAGAGGAAUUUCCCAAGAGGAAGGCCGCCCUUCCCGGCACACGUCUCAGACCACGCUGUCCGAUGCUCCAAGAGGGGAACUUCAGGACGGUUCCAGAAAGAUCUCAGGUGAGCGGCAUGUGCUCGGACAGCCCUCCAGACUCGUUCGGCAGCACAGCAUCCAAGUCCCAGAAAUCCUGGUCACUGAAGAGCCAGAUCGGGACCUGGAAGGCCAAGGCCACGAUGCGGAGAAAUCGGAGAAGUUCAGUUGGCCUCAGCGGAGUGAAACCUUGUCCAAGCUGCCGACGGAGAAACUGCCGCCCAAGAAGAAGAGGCUGCGCUUGGCCGAGAUGGAGCAUUCUUCCGCCGAGUCGAGUUUCGACUCCACACUCUCCCGGAGUCUCAGCAGGGACAGUAGUUUAUCGCACACUUCGAGUUUCUCCGCCUCUUUAGACGUGGAGGACGUUUCUAAGACCGAGGCCUCCCCCAAAACCGACUUUCUGCACAAAGCGGACUUCCUCCUGAUUCCCGCUGGCUCUAAUACACUGAGUGUUCCGGGGGGUCACCGGGAGAUGCGGCGGGCUGCGUCGGAACAGAUUCACUGCCUGCAGACGUCCAUGGAGGUGUCCGAUUUCAGAAGCAAAUCAUUCGACUGUGGAAGCAUCGCCCCAUCUCAGAAGGCGCCACCGGCUGAAUCGUAUCCUCCGACAUCCCCUUCCGGCGUGGGGGUCGCCGUGCACGUGCCCCUCUUGGAAAGACGGAGGGGCCCACUGAUACGGCAGAUUUCUUUAAACUUCACUCCGGAGAAUCAGCUGGCUCCCGGGAACCCAUUAUCUUUCCAGACCAUUGCCCCUCCCUCUGUGAACACAGUGCCAUUUCAGGGGCCUCCGCUCACUCACACAGUUUCAGCCGAGUUUCCUGCAAGUACUUUGCACGCCCAAACUCCAGUGAAGGAUGUGCGAGCAGAAAUGGCAAGUUCCCACUCUCCAAACCUUUUUCCUGUUCAACAGCUUCUAGGUAUACACUUGUUGAAUCAAAUCCCCGUGCCCCUUAGCCACCCAGACACACACAUUUCCCUGCAGGUGUCUUCUACACAGAGUGUCAAACCAGAUGCAAGCCCCGGUGGCUGUGUACCUUCUAAAAGUGAGGAUUGCUUUGCUCCCAAGUACCAGCUCCAGUGUCUGGCGGUUUCCUCGAGCCAGCCUUGUGCUUCUAAUCCUGUGCAACCUCUGCCAAAGCAAGGUCUUUCAGAUGCAGCCGGGGCCACCCCUCGUGCAACCUCACUGACCUUACCAGCCAAAUUAGCAGAAGCCACAUCUAACUCGUGUCCUCCACCACCCCUGAAGGUUGGGGCUCUCGGCGGUCAGGUGCCAAAGUUGCCCACGUCCUUGACGCUGUCCGCACACCUGCAGACUCAGGUCCCCACGCACUGUUUCGCUGCGGUCACACCUCUGCCACAAAUCCUAGUGACCCAGGAUCUUUCCAGUCAGCCGAUUUGCCAGGCUAAUCGUAGUACGGUGCCAGUCAGCGAAGAACAAAAUUCCAUACCAAAACCGGAAAACGAUCCCCGGAAUGCUUUGCCAAACCCAGAGGGAGAGCUCGUCGGCCAACCUGUCUUGUCAGAGAUGGGCCAAAACCCAUCUCCGUCAGAAUCCUCGCCCACAACACCGAAGAUGUCUGUCGGAAGACUUUCCCCACAGCAAGAAUCUUCAGCUUCCAGUAAAAGGAUGCUCUCCCCAGCAAAUAGUUUAGACAUCGCCAUGGAAAAGCACCAGAAGCGAGCCAAGGAUGAAAACGGAGCUGUCUGUGCAACAGAUACGAGACCACUGGAAGCAGUGGGCUCAAGAGCUCCUGACGGUAGCAAACAGAAGAAGCCCGUGCUGGUAAGGCAGGCGUGCACCACGGAGCCCCUUGAGGCUGUGACAGUGGAGCAGGAUGUUUUUCCUCACCCCGAAGGCGGCACCGAGGCUCUCCACUUGACUGUUGUGUCACCAGCCGAUAACGUGUCAUCAGGACACUGCAAGCCUGUGGCUGGAGAACCCAUGAAAGAAGUGCAGGAAUUUGGAAGCAUCCCGUCAGCCGCGUUGCUAACGCCGACAGUUCGAAACCCAGCUGCGCCUGCAGAGAAAACUCACAUUUCUCCUUUGGAAUCCAUAGACAACCACCAAGAAAGGAAGUCUCCAGGGAUUGAAAAUCCAGGCGACAAAGCGAACGUCCAGGAACAGAGUCAGCCUGCAGCCACGACUCCGUCCGCGUGUGAGCCUGGCGACACACAGCUGUCCAUGUCCUUCCCCAGCCUGAAGACAGCCACCAGCUUCACGUGGUGCUACCUGCUGAGACAGAAGGCCCUGCACCUGCCGCAGAAGGACCAGAAAACUUCGGCCUACACAGACUGGACCGUGAGUGCCAGUGAUCCAAACCCACUCGGCCUGCCAACCAAAGUGGCUCUUUCUCUCCUGAACUCCAAGCAGAAGACCGGAAAAUCUCUGUACUGUCAAGCAAUAACCACCCAUUUCAAGUCAGACUUACUGGUCUAUUCAAGCAAGUGGAAAAGCAACUUAAGCAAGAGAGCAUUAGGUAAUCAAAAGUCCACAGUAGUUGAAUUCAGCAAUAAAGAUGCCUCUGAAAUUAACAGUGAGCAAGAUAAAGAAAAUUCCUUAAUCAAAAGUGAACCAAGAAGAAUUAAAAUAUUUGAUGGAGGAUAUAAAUCAAAUGAAGAGUAUGUAUAUGUCCGAGGCAGGGGAAGAGGAAAGUACAUUUGUGAAGAAUGCGGAAUCCGCUGUAAGAAACCUAGCAUGUUAAAGAAACACAUACGAACCCACACAGAUGUCCGCCCCUACCACUGCACUUACUGUAACUUCUCCUUUAAGACGAAAGGAAAUCUGACAAAACACAUGAAGUCCAAGACACAUAGCAAGAAAUGUGUGGAUUUAGGCGUCUCAGUAGGUUUAAUAGAUGAACAAGAUACAGAAGAAUCAGACGAGAAACAGAGGUUCAGUUUCGAGAGGUCUGGAUACGACCCGGAGGAAUCCGACGGCGCCGAGGACGACGACAUCGAGAACGAGGAGGAGGACGAGGACAGCCAGGCCGAGUCGGUGCUGUCGGCCGCGCCCUCCGCCGCCGCCAGCCCGCAGCACCUGCCCGCCAGGGGCGGCCCUCGGGACCCCACGGGUGCGGACGAGGACGCCAGCGCCCCCGAGGGUUCUCCCGGGGGGCCCGCGGACACGAUGGACGUGCUGCCAAGGGCACUGCCCACCAAGAUGACGGUGCUGAGCGCGCUGCAGUCCGACCGCGGCGGGAGCCCGGGGUCCCCUGGCAGCGCCGGGCCGCGGGCAGCAGGUAAUGCGGAGGCAGCCGCCCGCCCACCCGAGGGAGCGCCCAAGUCCCCGUGUCACCAGAUGUCUGUGGACUACCCCGACCCCGAGGAGAUGCUGAGCGGCUCUGCGGCAAGAAAGGCUGUGGCUUUAACGCAGGGCCCACCAUGCCUGAGCCUUCCUCGUCCCCCGGCGUCUGAGCGCAGCCCUCAGCCGGGAGGGGCUCCUCCGUCCACCUCGCCUCUGCCCGGGCCUCAAGAGCAGAAGCCGCAAGCCGCCUUGCCUCCACCCACAGGCCUGCCUUCUCCGCAGACGCACCUGUUCAGCCACCUGCCUCUGCAUUCCCAGCAGCAGUCGAGGACACCCUAUAACAUGGUUCCGGUCGGGGGGAUCCAGGUGGUCCCCGCCGGCCUCACCUAUUCCACCUUCGUCCCCAUCCAGGCCGGGCCAGUGCAGCUCACUAUCCCGGCUGUCAACGUCAUCCACAGACCACUGGGCACCCCGGGGGACUUAAGCGCAGACGUGCCAGGCGCCGCCAGCCCCGCGGGCGUGGCCGAACUGAGCAGCGUGGUGCCCUGUAUCCCCAUCGGCCAGAUCCGUGUGCCGACGCUGCAGCCCCUGCCGGCCCUGAGCAUGGAGACCGUCAACAUCGUGGGCCUGGCCAGCGCCAGCCUCGGCCCACCGGUGCGCCCGCCGGGGCUGGCCCUCAACGCCGUGGGGCUGCAGGUGGUGGCCGCCAACCCCGCCUCCCAGAGCAGCCCCGCACCCCCCGCGCCCAUCCCGGGCCUCCAGAUCGUAAACAUCGCCCUGCCCACGCUCAUCCCCUCGGUGAGCCAGGUCCCCGUGGAUGCCCAGGGCGCCCCUGAGAUGCCCGCUCCCCCAAACAGGGCUCCUCGGGAGGCGCCGCCCACGCAGCCUUCUGCCGGGGCGCAUCCCUGCGGCAGGACCCCAUCCCCGCAGGGCUCACCCGGAGUCCAGCGGGAAAGUGCACAGAAGGGUCUAGAUCCGCCUGCCCCGGCCAGAGACCAGGCAAGGCGGGACAGCUCCAGUCCCAGGGACACGGGGAAGGGGGCCUUGGCGAAUCACCUGAAGCCCCGGCACGACACCCCUGGCGCGCCCUGCAAACCAGCCUCGGCGCCCCCGCCGGGCCGGCCGAGGCUCCCCCUGGACCCGGAGGGACCCCGGCCCCCGCACCGGAGGCCGGUCACCCAGUUCAGCGACGUGAGUAGCGACGAGGAUGAGGACAGGCUUGUGAUCGCCACCUAGGGGCUGUUUAUUCAGGGGGGGUGGUUUGGUUUGGGGGUUUUUUUGGUUGUUUUUUGUUUUUUUGGUUUUUUUAUAUAAACACUUACAGGUUUCUUUGAAAACCCUCCUUUCCUUAAAGCACAUUUUUCUGACAUAAACUCAUGACUAAUCUUUGUGCAAUCAUGAACUUUUGACCAAUAAUUGUUGUUUUGUGUCAGCUCCAGCCAUUUUUGUACAUGUUGUAUAGACAAUUGUGCCUUUUAGGAGUUUUAUGUUUAGAAACUGUACAGAUUGUUGAAUAUCUAUAUACAAAAGUAUAUAUUAUAUAUGUACAUGAAAGCCAGGUAGUUAUUUGUGUUUAGCAAGAAAAACCUGUCAAAUAAAUCCAAUGAUUAAAUUAUAUGUUGCACUGUUAAAUAUUAAAUUUUUAUGGCUGUGGGGCAGAGUUUCUGUGUAUAAAUUAGUAUGUAAACUCCAUAUUUAUUGUAUUCAUAUUAGUCUUUGAAAAUGGGUCUGUCCUCCUUGUGUAAGACAGUAACUUUACACUUCAGACAGAUUUUCCGUGUUAUGAAAUGUUUCAGUAAAGUUGUUCACUGACUUU